GUUUCGUGAAGUUUGCCACCAGUUCGUUAAUUGUAGUGGUCGGGUUAACUGUCACAAUAGAAAAAAAAAAUUUUUGUCACGUGGGAACGCGAUCGUCAGGUGGAAGAAGGAUCAGGACAAUCGGACCGAAAACGGCCAACGCGACAAAGUAGAGCCGUUGACCUCAGCGCCCUUAGAGAUCGUCGGCGUUCGUUUGAAGAGGAAGUGGAAAAAAACUCGAAAAAAAAAACUCGAAAAAGCAAAAAAACUCCGCGAUGGACGGAACGACGAAUUUCAGCUUCGAGAAUGACCAGGCUACAGGUUUCGACGCCGUCGAAAAGUCUGGGGGAAACGACGGAAAAUUUUCGCAACCGAUUCCGGACGGCGACGACCCCGUCGCUCGCGGAGACGGCCAAUCGGCGGGCGCGGAGAAAAGAGCGACUUGGGGAAACAGCGUGGAGUUCGUGAUGUCCUGUAUAGCGUUGUCGAUCGGUUUCGGCAACGUGUGGCGUUUUCCGUUCACGGCAUACGAGAACGGAGGCGGCGCCUUUCUCAUACCUUACGUGAUAGUCCUGCUGUUCAUCGGCAAGCCUUUCUACUAUCUGGAGAUGAUCGUCGGGCAAUUUUGCAGCUCGACGCACCUGAAAGCUUGGCGAAUUUCGCCAGGUUUCAAAGGCGUAGGUUGGGCACAGACCUUCUCGCUCACCAUACUGGCCACCUACUACUGCUCGCUGAUGGCCUUGAAUUUGUUUUACCUGUUCGCUUCGUUCUCCUCCGAACUCCCGUGGGCCUACUGCCGGGACGAAUGGGGCGACGAUUGCGUGGAUUCGGGAAGCGGAAGGAGCAAUUUCACCUGGACCAACGAAACGACGAACAGACGAAGCUCCGCCGAAUUGUACUUCACAAAAGAGGUCCUCAAGGAGGUGGACGACGUGGACGAGGGUAUCGGACUGCCCGACUGGCGUCUCACCCUCUGCCUUCUCGCCAGCUGGCUGACGAUCUGCGGCGUCCUUUCGAGGGGCGUAAAAAGCACCGGGAAGGCCUCCUACUUCCUCGCCCUGUUCCCCUACGUCAUCAUGAUCGCUCUACUGAUCAGGGCGCUCACUCUCGAAGGUGCGAUGAAAGGCGUCCUAUUUUUCGUCUCUCCGAACUGGAUUAAAAUUAUCGAUCCCCAGGUAUGGUACGCGGCCAUAACCCAGUGCUUUUUCUCGCUAUCCAUCUGCUUCGGAUCGAUCAUCAUGUACUCCUCCCACAACGAGUUCAGGCACAACAUAUACAGAGACGCCCUUAUAGUGACCACCCUCGACACGUUCACCAGCAUGAUGGCCGGCUGCACGAUAUUCGGUAUACUCGGCAACCUCGCCCACGAAAUGAACGUAGAGAUAACCACCGUUGUCAGAGGUGGUACCGGACUCGCCUUCAUAUCCUACCCGGACGCGAUAGCCAAGUUCAAAGUUGUGCCUCAGCUCUUCGGCGUACUCUUCUUCACCAUGAUGUUCGUACUCGGCGUGGGUAGCGGCGCCGGCAUGAGUUCGGGUAUAAUAACGGGCGUUUGCGACCAGUUUCCGAAACUGAAACGUUGGCAGGUGGUCGUCGCUACCGCCGUCGGCGGUUUCUGCGUCGGAACGAUAUACGUCACGCCGGGCGGACAGUUCGUGCUCACUCUGGUCGACCACUACGGAGCCUCGUUCAUAGUCUACAUCGUUGCCACCUGCGAGAUAAUCGGCAUCAUGUGGGUAUACGGACUGGAGAACGUCAUCGACGACGUCGAGUUCAUGCUGAAGUCCAGGCCCGGCGUCUACUGGCGAUUUUGCUGGUGCGUCCUGAUCCCCGUGGUCCUUAUCGCCGUGUUCGUCUAUGUGAUGAUCGACAUGGAGCCACUGACUUACGGGAACGUCGAGUAUCCGAGCGUAGCUCACGCCUUCGGAUGGACUCUGGCCGUCCUCGGUGUCUCCCAAGUACCGAUCUGGAUGAUCUUUGCGAUCCUGAAGCACAAGAGACUCCCGUUUUCGGCGAUGCUGGCGGAGGCCUUCCGUCCCGCGGACACUUGGGGACCGAGGCUACGUCACGAUCGUCGGGACUGGCUGACCUUCAAGGAGGAAAAAUCGUCGCAAAGACGGCACGAGCGCGGCCAUUGGCUCGCCCGAAAAUUGCGUCUCCUCUUCAACGUGGGGGAGAACAAAACCGAGGACUCGAAAUAGGCGAGAAAAUUCGGAGACGUCCGAUCCGGAGAGCCGUUAGUUUUUUUUUUUUUUUUGAAGCGAGUCGUCGAGUGAGAUGGA